AUGCCGCCAAAGAAAGCAAGGGAUCAGUUGCCCCGUCAAAAUGUUGCAAUCGUGCAGACGUUGGCCCCCGAAGUCAUUCAAAAGCGGACUAAACGCCACCUCGACGAACUUGAGAGAUCCAACUAUGCAGAACCUACUCUUCUGGCGGGUGUAGACGACGACGAAGAAGGCGGCAACAAAUACCACAAGGGCCGCGGACGCCAAAUCAUCUCUGACAAACGGAACCUCAAUAUCCUGGGCACUUCUCCUGCGACGAAGAAGAAAAAGUCUACGAUGAAUGUUCGGACCGCACUGCUAUACCGCAAAAAUCUCGCGACUCUCAUCGAGGAAUCUGGUAUUGCCUCGCUGCCCUCUACUGUGCCUACAUAUCUCACCGCAAGCGCACCUCCCUCUGUGUACCCGCCACGAAUGAUCUGCUCUGUCUGUGGCUACUGGGGCUCAUACAAAUGUCGACGCUGCGCUAUGCCAUACUGUGAUCUCAACUGUGAAGGCGUUCAUGCCGAGACUCGCUGCGAGCGGCGCGUUGUGUGA